CCAUCAAUCCAUCCAUCCAUCAAUCAAUCCAUCCAUCCAUCAAUCCAUCCAUCCAUCCAUCAAUCCAUCCAUCCAUCAAUCCAUCCAUCCAUCCAUCCAUCAAGCCAUCCAUCCAUCAAUCAAUCCAUCCAUCCAUCCAUCAAUCCAUCCAUCCAUCCAUCAAGCCAUCCAUCCAUCCAUCCAUCAAUCCAUCCAUCCAUCAAUCAAUCCAUCCAUCCAUCAAUCCAUCCAUCCAUCCAUCCAUCAAGCCAUCCAUCCAUCAAUCAAUUCAUCCAUCCAUCCAUCCAUCCAUCAAUCCAUCCAUCCAUCCAUCAAUCAAUCCAUCCAUCCAUCAAUCCAUCCAUCCAUCCAUCCAUCAAUCCAUCCAUCCAUCAAUCCAUCCAUCCAUCCAUCCAUCAAGCCAUCCAUCCAUCAAUCAAUCCAUACAUCCAUCCAUCCAUCCAUCAAGCCAUCCAUCCAUCAAUCCAUCCAUCCAUCCAUCAAGCCAUCCAUCCAUCAAUCCAUCCAUCCAUCCAUCAAGCCAUCCAUCCAUCAAUCCAUCCAUCCAUCAAUCCAUCCAUC